AUGGCGGAAGUAAUCAGCAAAACGAGUUUGUUCUUCAAAGGAGCUUGCGUGAAUCACCACCACGUAGAUGAUGACUUCUCUGUCUCACCGGUGAGUUUCGGUUUCAAAAAGAAUUUCUCUUCUCUCAAGCAGAGGCCUCUUAGCAGUGACUUCUUUGGAAAACAGAUCCUAUAUACUCAAAGGAGCUUCCCAUCAUCAUCCAUUACCGCUCAGUCAACGCUGAGGAUUGGGACACUUCAGAAAUGGUGGGAGAAAGGUUUGCAAGAGAACAUGAGAGAGAUCUCUUCAGCACAAGAGCUCGUUGACUCUCUGACCGACGCUGGCGAUAAGCUUGUUGUGGUUGAUUUCUUCUCUCCUGGCUGUGGUGGAUGCAAGGCUCUUCAUCCUAAGAUGUGUCAGUUGGCAGAGCAGAACCCUGAUGUGCAGUUUCUUCAGGUGAAUUACGAGGAGCAUAAGUCCAUGUGUUAUAGUCUUGGUGUCCAUGUUCUCCCGUUUUUUCGAUUCUACCGUGGCGCUCAGGGUCGUGUCUGCAGUUUUAGCUGUACCAAUGCUACGAUUAAGAAAUUUAGAGAUGCGUUGGCGAAGCAUAGUCCGGAUAGGUGCAGUCUCGGACCAACCAAAGGGCUUGAAGAGAAAGAGCUUGUGGCACUUGCAGCUAACAAAGAACUCAACUUUAGUUACACACCGAAGGUUGUAACGGUUGAGAAAGAAGCAGCCAUCUCCACUUCAAACCCAGAUCUCCCUGUUCCUCAUCCAUCGAUGAGCGCCAAUGAUGAAAAGAGAUUAGUCUCCGCAGGGAGAUGA